UUACUCUUCAUUAUCCUAAUUACAGACACUUCUGCUGCAUUUAUCUCUAGACAACAGGUUAGACGAUGAUACAAAUCUGCCUGCAGUUACACCUGUCCGGUGCCUGUGGAACCGAGGGGGAGUGUGGGCCAGUGGAUAAGGCAGCUGACUGGGAGCGAGGAGACCAAGGCUUUCCUCCCAGAUCUGCCCGUGGCCCGCUGGGUGUGACAAUGGGCAAGUCACUCUACCUCGCUUUCUUCUACCAGCCUUUGUCUGCUCUAGAUUCCGCAGAGGGAUGUUGGAACCAUGAUGAAGCCUCUGCUGAUCCCCUUGACAUACUUCUGUCUUCACACCUGGCUGGGAAUCCCUCAGGCUUUAAAGAUGAGCAUGGAAGAGCCAUAAUAGCCUACACUGACAAUGACUUUCACAGUGAGUUGAAUGCAGCAGUCAGAGGGGCUGGGACAUCGCGAGCUCAUUACAUGGCCAGUUUCCACUUCAAAGCCUUUCAUUAUUAUUUGACAAGAGCUUCACAGCUCUUACGAGGGAGGUGUGAUAUGAUGUACAAAAGGACGGUGUACCGGGGGGUUUCUGUCAGACUUCAGCACACGGGAUCAGGUCACAUUAGGUUUGGAUACUUUGCCUCUUCGUCUUUUGAUAUAGGAGUAGCUAAGAAAUUUGGCAUGGACACAUUGCUCACCAUUCACACUUGCUCUGGUGUUGAGAUCAGGGCCUUCUCAUGCAUUCAGGAGGAGGAAGAAGUGUUAAUCCCAGUCCAUGAGAUAUUCAAUGUGUCCCGAAGACAAGGGAGUAACCGCUUUGUCCUCCAGAGCACAAACCGGACCUGCAGCCAUUUUAACUGUGCAUACCUGGGUGGUGAGUACUGGGCUGAACAUGAGAAAUAUCUGUGUGGGGCUAUUUGCUGUGGAGAAUUUGAAAACCCCACUUCAGGGAGAGCUGAUGAGAGGGACGCUGACUUGGGGACUUGCCACCAGGACCGGGGGAGACAGGCUGCCACGACUCUUGCUGCUAGGGAGGACCUCGGGCUGGCGAGGGUGGACACUGGGUCCCAAGCGCUCACUUAGGAAAGAGAAGGUGCCUAGAUGCCUAGACACCCACUACACCAGGUGUCCUGCUUUGAGCAAGGGGUUGGACUAAAUGACCUCCUGAGGUCUCUUCCAACCCUAAUCUUCUAUGAUUCUAUGACACCCUGGCAAUGGGAGCACUAGAAAGACAGGUGUAGGCCCCAAAACACUGUGAGUCUUCAACACACACAUGUCCCGUACAGAGUCCACAGGAGCCCUGGCAGAGCAGCUGUGGCUUCUCAGACACAGCACAGCAAAUCCACAGGCUGUGGAAAAGGGAGCAGUCAGGUGGCAUCGUGUGCAGAUGGCACAUUAUUUAGGGCAGUCAGGACUAGGGAUGACAGUGAGGAACUUCAGAGAGAUCUAACCAAGUUGGGUGAAUGGGCAACACAACAUCAGGUGAAAUUCACUGACACACAUUCAAGGUAAUGCACAUUGUGAGGAAUAAUUUCCCUGGAUUGUUAAUGAGCUGUAUCAACUCAGAAGGAAACCCGGCCAUCAUUGUGGAGAGUUCAGUGCAAAUCUCAAUGAAAACCUCUGUUCAAUGUGCUGCUAGGUCUAUAAAGGAAACAUAAAUGCUUGCAAGCAUAAGGAAUGAUGGGAUGGAGAAUAAUGUAAAAAUAUUAUAACAGCAUUACAUGAACCCAUGGGAAUUAACUAUUUAUAUAGACAGAAUCUCCACAGUUAUGUUACAUAGGAUAAAAAAUUGUUUUUAAAAGAGCAAUAAACCCUUAGGCCUGAGGUCAUAAGGCAGCCACUAACUGCCAGGGUUGGGGAAGUAAUUUCCUGUAUGCGUAGGUAAUUCCACUCCGGGGUUUCUUACAGCUUCGCCUGAUGCAGCUGGGCCUGACCUCAGUCAGGGACAGGACACCAGGCUAGAUGUAGCCUGUUGGCGGGAUCCAGUCUGACAAUUACUAUGUUUCUCUGGAAAUAGUAGAAUGGAGUUGAAAAUUCUACCUGAGGUCGCAUUUCAUUGACCCUCUCUGUUUGUA